UUAUCUCUCUCUUAUACUAUCAAAACACAUCACUGCCCUUGCACUCGGAUCAUACCAAUCAAUCAAAAUCCCCAAAAAAAUAUUAAAAAAAAAUGAGCUCUCAGAUUUUCAGAUCUGCUUCUAGAGCCGCCAGGUCUCUCCUUUCAGCAUCCAAGGCUUCUCGCUUUUACUCUGAAGGGCGAGCUGUAGCUGCCGCUGCAGCAGUUUCACUUGGCGGUAAAGUGCCUCUUUUGGCUUCAGCUUAUGGAAGUACUGCUUCUGCCAAUGCAUCUAGAGCAUGGCUUUCAGGAGUUUUUGCUCUUCCAGUGGCAGCUUACAUGCUUCAGGAGCAGGAGGUUCAUGCUGCAGAGAUGGAGCGCACCUUCAUUGCUAUCAAGCCUGAUGGAGUGCAAAGAGGGCUGAUUUCAGAGAUCAUCUCUCGUUUUGAGCGCAAAGGGUUCAAGCUUGUGGCUAUCAAGUUGGUGGUUCCUUCAAAGGAGUUUGCCCAGAAACAUUAUGAUGACUUGAAGGAAAGACCCUUUUUCAAUGGCCUGUGCGAAUUCCUCAGCUCUGGCCCUGUUCUUGCCAUGGUCUGGGAAGGAGAGGGGGUGAUCAAAUACGGCCGGAAACUCAUAGGAGCAACAGAUCCUCAAAAAUCAGAGCCUGGAACCAUCAGAGGUGAUCUAGCCGUGGUUGUCGGAAGGAAUAUAAUUCAUGGGAGUGAUGGUCCUGAGACUGCCAAGCAUGAAAUCAACUUGUGGUUCAAGCCACAAGAGUUGGUUAACUAUACAAGCAACGCUGAGAAAUGGGUCUAUGGAAACAACUGAUGAGGGCAUCUUUUUUCAAGUUAAUCAGUAGUAGUUCAGGAAAAUUUAGUCCCACAUCAGGUGUGGGUUAGAGGCAUAAUUUUUAGAAUAAAUGCGUUUUAUGGAGGUGAGGAGCAUUGAGCCAAAAGCUUUGAUGUUUGUCAUAGUUAAACUAGUGCUCGAAAAAUAAUAUAUAUUUUUUCUUCAAACUCAAAAUAAUAAUCCCUUUCACCUGUUUAAUAUAGAGUGGAAAUACUGCACUUUUCCCAUUUAA